AUGCUAUCAAAUGCAAACACUUUACCUAAACUCUACCUCUCCAUCAUUGACGACGUGAUGGAGAGUAUUCGGGAACUAUUCCUCGAAGAAGGGGUGGAAGAACGAGUACUAGAGGACUUGAGACAGCUGUGGGAGUCAAAAGUCUUACAGUCCAAAGCUGUGGAAGGCUUUGCAAAAGACAUCAAUCCAUCGAAUUUUGUUCUGCAGCUGCCUGCAAAUUUUUCUCAAACUCUUCAGAAACCCACAGUUGUCAUUCCUGCUGGGCAACAUGCACAGAGUUUCACUACAAAAUCAAGCCAAACUGGCACUAUCGCAACAUUUUCCCUUCCGCCUGGAGUCACCUAUCCUGUUCAUAUCCCUGCAGGAGUGACCCUACAGACUGCCUCAGGUCAUUUGUACAAGGUCAAUGUUCCUGUAAUGGUGACCCAGGCUCCAAGUUGUCAGCGUGUCUCUGCCCAGGCUAAUAAACCCCUUGAGGAGCAGAGAAAUUUGCCCACCGCCAUCAUUCAUAACAUCCCUACCCAGGUGACUGGCUUGUGUCCCCAAACUCUGCCUGUACCUCAAGCCUCCCGAACAGUCCUUCCAUCACACCACCAGAGCCAGCUGCCCCAGCAUCCUAAUAUCCCUCUGGAUCAAAGUAUUCAGCCCCCUGUCCCUGUAACCCCCGAGCCUUCCAUUAAUCACCAGCCCUCGCAGUCACCUCUAGAAAGUCCAAGCGAGUUCACUCUGGACGGCAUCGAGUUCAGCCCCCAGCCGGUGGAUAUGAGCGUGUCCUCGCCACUGUCCACACAGCUGCCUGUGGGCCUGCAGGGAGGUUCAGGGAAUGUGCAGGUGUUGGAGUUUGGAGCCAGCGCGCAGGAGAUGGUGGAGAGAGCUGUUAAAGCAGAGGAGGAAGCUGCAGCCAUGGCCAGCACUAAUGACACUCUUGAGAUGGAGCUCCUGAGGGACUACAACUUCAAUGAAUUGGCCAGCAUAGUGCAGCUCGAUGGUGCAUGCGACAGCAGCUCUGAGGCUGGAGAGGAAGAGCAGGAGCAGGACGAGGAAGAUCAAGGGGCUGUUGGAGAGAACGAGUUUCUGGGCAUCAUCAAUGCAGAGGCUUUGAAAGCUCUUCAGGGUGCUGGGGAUCCACUGAAUUCUGGUGACGAUGUGAGUGAGCAGGAUAUUCCCGAGAUCUUUGACACAGAGAACGUCAUUGUUUGCCAGUAUGAUAAGAUUCACCGCAGUAAAAACAGAUGGAAGUUCUAUCUGAAAGACGGAGUUAUGUGCUACAGCGGGAAGGACUAUGUUUUCUCCAAAGCCGUCGGGGAAGCGGAGUGGUGA